AUGAUUACGCCCUCCGACACUCACCAUCAACCAGCAUCGAGUAGAGGGUGGACAUGGUGUGCUGCAUCUGGCCCCAUCGGGAACUUGCUAAGAGCCCACCACAGAUCACCGUCGCAGGGAAGCUCGCCGUUAGCUCGACAUUACGACGUGCUUGGGCGUUGGUUCAAUGGCUCGCCGCAGCCUCCGGUACGAUGCUGGUCGGCUGCGACGCCUUGGCUGGCAUCUGAUUCCACCACUUUUGUCAACCACAUUCCGUCACCCUCUGCUUCGAAUUCCAUGCACUACCGAGCCAAUGGAUGCCACCCCGGCUUCUGUGCAGCCAUGCCAAACGCCACUUCGCCAGUCGUAACACUGUCGCUGUUGUUCGUCUGCGUUGGAUUCCAGAAGCAUGAAUGGGCCCGAAUCUGGGUCCGAGCCUUUGGUCUUCCAUCAGAUUCCGCCAUCAUCCCUCUUAGGGUAUUUCAGGUGGUCGAAUCUUGCAUGGAACAGCUGCCGUCGAUGCUUCACAAUCGCCACUGUUACUUCACUAUCAAGACUUGUCUGCAGGUUUACCGUCAAUGGAAACCCGCACCUGUUGAUAUACGUCGAACUGCAUCGGUUCUUUGGAUGGCAGUCCAAAUGACCCAUCAUACGCAUACAUAUAAUCCACUAGCCAAGUUGUAG